AUGGCUGGGCGUGAUCGCGCUCUGCGCAUCCUGCCACCAGGAUCUGCACCGGGACCCGACAUGAUCCGUAGGGAGGCACUGCGACACGUUGGAAAAUGUGCAAAACACUCUGUCCUGACGCUAUUCAACAAGAGCUUGAGUACUGGCGUCGUCCCACAGAGCUGGAGACACGGGAUUAUAACCCCACUUUUCAAGCUGGGCAAAAAAGCGACUGAACUGGCGUCGUACAGACCAGUGACGCUCACCAGUUGCCUCUGCAAACUAAUGGAACGUAUUAUAGCGGCACGCAUUUGUGAUGUUAUAGAGCCAAAGCUCACACCACAGCAGUGCGGAGUUCGACCAUCCCACUCCACACCGAACCAACUAUUGCACCUUCGGGCGGUAAUGCAUCGCCCGACUCCUAAAGAUAGAACGACCACAGUGUUUGUGGAUUACGCCAAAGUAUUCAACACAGUCGAUAAUGAUAAAAUCAUACUCGAAAUGCGACGGCUUGGCGUACCGCAACAUAUAGUGCGUUGGUCAGCAUCCUUUCUGGGCAAUGGGACGGCAGUAGUUCGCGUAAACAAGGUACACUCCUCUCCGAUAUGCUUCACGAGAGGUGUGCCACAAGGCACGGUUCUUGGGCCACUCAUGUUUGUUAUUGCCAUGAAUUAUCUCAGCGUCCGCUUCACUGAAGCCCCGCUUCUACGACACGGCUUCUUCGCGGACGAUCUCACCCUGAUUCCCCGACACAGCGACCGAGAGAUCCUGACCUCCACCCUACAACAGGGACUAACACCAGCACUUUCGCUACUUCCGCCGCCUGCAAUGUACAAACACAGAACACAAAUGCCCACGGGAGGUUGA